GUUGUAAUCAUUUGUCUAAAUCCGAGUACAUAUUAGAGUUUUAGUAUUCGUCUUUCCGGCCGUGACGACCCUGCUCCGCACAAGAAAUGGGCGUCGUUUCACAAAACAACGCAGAAGUGGUGCUGAGUUUCCGCACACCCAUUGACACGACAAUAAGCUCUUCGGACGAGUUUACGGUAUGAUUUGUUCGACUGGAAGAGCACAACGCAGCUAUUCCAAAGAAUUUGAUUUGGCAUGCAAAAAGCCAUGCAUCUAUAAUUUCUCGCGUCGUCGUACCUGCGAACGAACACAAUCAACAACAAACAGGUCAGCUGCGUGAAUGAUUUCGCGAGCUGUAACAACAAGUGCAACAUCAAAUACGGCCACGACCCCGCGAAGCUGGAGGCGUGCAAAAUCUCCACCGCGAAGCACUUUCUGAAGGGUGGCGGAGCGGGGUUUGCCUGCUUUUGGAAGGGGGCAACGGUAAAAACAAGUGUACACGUUCAUGUAUGUGAGUUGUAGAAUGGGACUGAUAGUCAUCUUUCGAUAGGUCAAAUAAAGAACCACCAACGCGUGUUAUUCAAUUUCUGAAGACAACCACGAACACGAUCAACAUCUGCAAGGAGCAAUGCAUCAAAUCACAUUCCUUAAUAGGUCGAAGUCGCUGACUGCGAGUUUGGUUCCAAUGCGCGGGUGGUGGAAUUGCAGCACCUCAGACCUCACCAGUUUGUGCGUACCGGCGAGAAGCACUUCGAGCCGGUGCUGGGUUUCCUGCAUCGAGAUCUGGAGCGGGAGUGUACUUUUGUAUGCGUCCGCGUGGAAAGUGCAAGUGGGCGAUCUGAAACUGGAUGCGACACAGGGCUUUACCUCACACCGGGGCAUUUGGUAUUUUUUAUUCGCAUUUUCGCAAAUUUCGCGUACGUAGUUCUUGGUUAGAUCCUUGUUCUCUUGUCGAAGAAGUUACAGCGGAUGUACAGAUUUGCUAGCUGAGAUCAUGAAGAAUGUACGAUCUUCAUCUUUUAAACUUACGGACAAGAACCAUCAAGCGAAACUGUUCCUCUUCACCAGGUUUUCGCCCGAGAAUCCGAAAAAGAGGCUUUAUUCGCAAAGCCGGCGAUACACUUGAGACCAAACACCGACUGCGUGCAGUACUACUGCCAGGAGAUGGAGAAAACUAACACGACCAGCGGGAAAAGGAAAUACUCCUGCGAUGCCCGAGUGAAAGCGGUGCACCCAGUCUUCUUAGAUGGCAAGAACAGCCACGAAGACGACCAACGGGCCGAGGCCACGGAGGUCAGCAGCAGUAGCUGCCACAGUAGAGGCCCGCCGAAAACAAGGAUUGGAUUCAACCAAACCAAAAUCGUCCACAAUUCCACACGACGGAGGCAGCUGUUGAGCAGAAGUAGGGCGAAUUGUUCCUCGUCCUUUCUGGAGCGGCCGAAAGUUGGGAUUGUCGCACCGCUCACUUUUUCCGGUCAGAUCAUCGUGAACAACGUACUGUGCAGCUGCUACGCGGACAUUCCACACCACCCCUUCUGCCACAUGCUCUCCCAGCCGUUCAGGAUGCUUGCGUGGAAAUACUACGAGCGGAAAAAGCAGAGUAAAUGCGGACUAUGGGAUGAGGAAGAUGCUGUUGCUGAUUCUGCGAAGAAGCAGGUGCGGGUUUCCUCCUCGACGACGGAAGUUGUAUCCACGCCGGCUUUACUCCAGGAACACGACAGUGAAGAAGAUAUCUCCACCAGGUGUGCGACCGCCGGGCAAUUGCGCAAAGGGGAGAAGCUCCUCGCCCAUUUUCGUUCGUUUCUCGAUGCAGGGAGCCUACACCUAGGAACUACGUCGUGCGAGGAGGAAGCAGGGUCUUUGCGUGGUACUACUUCAACAUGUUCAACAUGUAACAUGGAAGCGGAAUCUGCCGAGACGACGACGAGUUUGGUUUCGACGACUGCAACGUCACUGGCACUUCUUUGUGAUCUUUUCGAAGAAAACAGAAAGCUUUGUUCAAAUUACUGCACGGACACGAUUGUAGAGCUUUUUUUGUUAAAUCACGACACCCACGUAGAAGUACCUCUACCUUUUUCUGCUAGUUUACUUGAAAGGAAAAAGCAAAAAUAUCCUGAGAAAUAAUUUUUGCAUUGAUGUUCGACAGUGACCUUCUAUUCGGAUGAAUAAUACGUGUGCAAUGUGUAGCGUAAUACAAGAAAUAAUGAGCAAAAUUUGUUUUCGCUGUUGAAACAGCAGCAAGCCCAAGCGCAUCUUCAUCAGGCGUCACCAGUGGCGUUCUACUUGUUUGAGAG